ACGGCUCGAGUAUUGCCGUCGUUUUAACGUAGUGCGUACACUACAUCGCGAAAGUUGCACGCGAAAUUUUUCUCGCGUCGCUCGCCCUAGUCGCGUCCGCGAAUCCUCCGAUUCCUCGUGAGUAGUUCGUUCAAGUUCCGAUCGCGACGCAACGAUAUCCGCGCGCGAAAGUGACAGCUCCGAAAGUGGUGUGCUUCGGUCCCUGGAGAACGUCGGUGGACACGACGCUCGGAGGAGAAUCUUUUCGCAGAUAACCGUGUCAACCUCACCGCACGUCUCACUUUCCCAAAGUUAGCGCACCAUCCUCGCCAUCAACAAUACGUAAAGUCAACGGCAUUCCUCGUUGCACUUGCAACAGUAACGGUGGAGAUACGCGGAUCUCUCAAAACGAGAAUCGCAAGUGGUCCAAGGAGGAACUCGAAGUCGGAAACGAGCGGUGGACGCGGAAGAGUCGGGUUGUGAGAGUUCCGGGAGGGAUAGCCUUUGAUUGUGAUGUGGUGGAGCCCCCCGGGGGGCCACGGGGGCAGGAGGUCAGAGGAAGAUCGGUUGUGAGGGCAACAAGCACGGCUCGGUUGCCUCGAAGCGAGAUCGCCGGUCGGGCGGAGGAGGAGGUAGGUGGAGGAUGGAGGUGUGACCUCCGGCGUCAUCCCGCCCAACGCGGAGGUGGUGCUGGAGGUGACGGAGGUGACGGUGGAGUCGAGCAGCUGCUGCCCGACUCGGAGGAAGAGGAGUCGACGGCGAUGUCGAGGCAGCUUCGAGGUGAACGGGACCACGUGAGCCGCGACUACCAAGAGGGCUACCUCGGUGACUUUCGGGACUUGCGCGACCUCAGGGAUUUCAGGGACUUCCAUCGAGAUCCCCUCGGAGACAUCAGGGACGACCGGGACAGUCAGGGACUCCGAGAAGGACCCGGCAGGACUUAUCGGGACGACUAUCCGGAAGAAUACGAUCAUCGUCCUACCGUUGCAUCUACCUCGGCGAAUCUCACCAACAAUCCGGGAAGAUUGAAUGGAAGAGUCACGCUGCAUGAGAGUCGCAAUGAUCUACAAUUAGUGAAUUUGUGCGUACCUACAAGAUCGGCGAUUGUUGGUUCGGCGGACUCGAAUUACUCGCAGCCGAGCUCAGAUCUCUCGCUGGACGAGGAGAAGGAAAGCUUGCGACGCGAGAAGGAGAGGCAGGCCCUCAAUCAACUCGAAAAAGCCAGAUCAAAGCCGGUAGCGUUUGCAGUGCGGACCAACGUAAGCUAUGACGGAUCCGUCGACGAUGAUUCACCCGUUCACGGCUCCGCCGUCAGCUUUGACGUCCGCGACUUUCUUCACAUCAAGGAGAAGUACGACAACAACUGGUGGAUUGGCAGGCUCGUGAAAGAAAACUGCGACGUGGGUUUCAUCCCGUCACCGGUGAAGCUGGAGGCCUUAAGGUUACAGGCGAGCGCCGCGCGUGGUACGAAAGGCCUGUACUCCACGCGAGGAGGGUCUUCAGGGAACCUUGGCGAGAGUGGUAUGCCCUCACGUGGUUCCACACCACCUACGCCAGGUGACGACAGUGACAGUGUCGGCAACGUACGACCCGGCAAGGCGACCCUGACGACACCACCUGCUAAGGAAAAGCGGAAGAACUUCUUCAAGAAGCCGUCCUACGAAACUACAACCCCCUACGACGUGGUACCAUCCAUGAGGCCUGUGGUACUGGUCGGGCCAUCGCUCAAGGGUUAUCAAGUGACAGAUAUGAUGCAGAAGGCGCUCUUCGAUUUUCUCAAACAUCGCUUCGAAGGAAGAAUUAUUAUCACGAGGGUAAUGGCAGAUAUUUCAUUAGCGAAAAGAUCCUUGCUGAACAAUCCAACUAAAAGAGCAAUCAUGGAACGCUCAACUAGCAGGAGCAGCUGUUUAGCGGAAGUUCAGCAAGAGAUCGAGAGGAUCUUCGAGCUUGCCAGAACUCUUCAGCUAGUUGUUUUGGACUGCGAUACCAUAAACCAUCCAUCGCAGUUGGCAAAGACCAGCCUGGCGCCCACGAUCGUCUACUUGAAAAUUUCUUCGCCGAAAGUUCUGCAAAGGCUGAUUAAAACCCGAGGAAAGUCGCAGAUACGUCACCUCAAUGUGCAGAUGGUGGCCGCGGAAAAACUGGCGCAAUGUCCGCCAGAUAUGUUCGACGUCAUCCUGGAUGAGAAUCAAUUAGAGGAGGCGUGCGAACACGUGGCCGAGUAUCUGGAAGCAUAUUGGAGGGCGACGCAUCCGCCAGAUUUUACCUCGGUGCCACGCGCCGUGCCUGCACCUGAUGCACCGACGGAUACGUACACGCAACGCGUGCCAUCAGGUGCCCCUCAUGAGCCUUAUUAUCAUCGAAGAGGAGCCAGUUACGGUGCCGGGGAUGUCAGCGGCGGAACAAGAAGAUCGCGGCUGGAGCGGAUGGAUCGCGAUCGGGGCGAUCGCAUGGAUCACGAUUACGGUGAGGAGGAGCACGGCGUCGAUUACGGUAGUGCCUCGAGACGUCGCCAGCAGCAGGACUCGCGCGCUCUUAAUGCUAUUUAGGAGCUGGGGCCCCGGGGCCUGUCGCUACAGCGCUGUCCCCAUCUGCGCACCACCGCCCUAUAGCGGGCUCGCCUCCCGGUAACGCUACCGAACGCUAGGAAGUGCGCUACCUCGCGAUAAGAUCGCUGCGCUCUGUUAGUGGGGCUGUUUUCUGUUGCGCUAAAAAAAGGGGAAUGAAAAAAAAAAGAAGAGAAUAGGAAUCCGCAGAUCGACACGCGCCACCGAUCGAGUUUAAAAGACGCUAACCAUAUAUCGAUUCUAUCCGGGCGCAUUUUCGAGACGAUCUCUCGAGACGAUUUAUCUUCGUACCUGUUCACAACUAGAAAACCUCGCUAUUGAUGCGCUAUCAGUCGCCAGCAGCGUGCACGCUAUAAUUCCGGCUUGCAUUUUUUACAUUCGCGCUGCUUGUAAGAGAAAGUAAUUCAGAUUUCAUUGCUGUUUAAUUGGGGAAUGCGAUUCAGUUGUGUUGUAACCGGGAAAUUUUGUAACACAAUCGAAACGUGAAUCCUUAUCUUCCGAAAGCUCUUGCAUCUAUAAUAACGCAUUAUAAUGUUCACCAUGACUACUUCUUUUGCACCAUCAAAGAUUUCGAUAGCAUUUGCAAUCUCAGCUCAAUUGGUAUGGUUACGCUUCAUUAAUGGAUCAAAGACGAUUAAUGAUAAAGCAUUAACAAUGUUUUCUUCUUCUGCUUCUUCUUCUUCUUCUGAUAUGCCAUCAAUCACCAGCAGCGUGCACGUGAUUAUCAAGACCCUUCAUUCCGAUAACUUAUAUCUUUUAUCGAGCAAUGAUUCGAUGCCAAAAUCACCGUUCUUGGGCAUUGCUGGACGAAUUUCGUCAGAAUGAUACCAAUUCCACACAAUUCGUACACAUAUAAAUCUAGAAACAUAUUUUCACCUUUGUAUGUCGCGUCUUGCCUCACCGAUCAAUGUCCCAGUUUCAAUGUCGCGUACUACUCUAGCGAUGUCAUCCACGCGAUUGCAGAGUUACGCUAUAUCGUUAACCACAAUACCGAACUAUCUACACACGCACAAACAUCAUUGAAAUGUACUGGUCCGAUGACGUUAUGCUUAAGAGCUCUGCUAUUGCGUAGAGCGUACACGUCCAUCUCAUAACGAUUAUAUAACAUAUGUACUAUGCCAAAUGUGUCAACCACUCAUCAUAAUAAUUGUUGGUCAUGACGAGAUGCACACGAUACAUGGCAUCUUCUCUCGAGACAUCUCUUAUGCUAUUUUACAUAAAGAAAACAUGACACGCGUUGUGAAAUAAUCUUUUAAAAAUAUAUACUUGACACUACAUCCGGUACUUCUCGUUAAAUACACAAAAUUGUUCGCAUAAUCAAAUUGACUCUACACAUUUUUCAUGCGAGAUGUUCACUUUCGAACAAAUAUAUAUUACUGAAUACAAAUAUACGAUAACAAAAAAUGGUACGAGAAAUUAUCUGAACAAUUUCAAUCUUAUAUGAUAUUAUCUACAUUAAUUAUUAAAAUUUAUCGGAAUCAAUCAAUUAUUGUAAUUAUCGAAAAUCUUCAUAUGUAUACAUUUUGACAUCAUACGAUAUUUCCCACAUUUGAUGUGCAUGAAUUCUAUUUUUGGACACGAAUUAUUUGUCAAAUUCCAAAAUUUAUCGCAAUAAGGAUGGACUUUUCUCUUCGAUAUUUGCACGCGCUUUUUCAAGUGUCGGAAAAAUUCAUCAUGAAUGCUUAGUUAAGAGUUCGAGCGUAUAUUAACGAUCGUUUAACCAAACGAUCUUUCUAACAAGAGUUCUAAUCGAAUCGAAAUAAUCUUCCUUGUCCAUCGCAGUACACGCAGGACAAAUUCCAUUCGCGGAAUCAGCUCAACAACACUAGUAGACGCGCGAGAUAAUCGCGUGGGACGAGGAGACCAAGACAGAAAGUGCACUUGAAAGAGAGUGAAGAGAGCCCUGGGGCCUUAAUCCCUGCAUCGACUUCUCCCGGGCCCCAUAAUCGAACCUUUAUGUCGAAUAACGAUCGACGAUCGACGCAGAACUGAAUAUUUCUUGUGAUCGAGAAAAACUGAGAUUUAAGAGAGGUACAUUUGACUUCUAUUCUAGAGUUUAAUUAUAGGGAAAGUGAUAAUGACGAUUAAUCGUAAUUGAAGAAAGUUUAUGAUCGUUUAGAAAAAUGACCAGCUAAUCUUAAUAGCUAAUUUUAACAACUAAUUCUGCUAGUAACCGAAACAGAAGAGCUUUAAUGAAAUUUCGUAGCUAAUUAUAGAGAUUUCAAUUCGAUCGUCGAUCAUGAAAAUGAAUGUAGCCAUCAUAAUUUUGCAAUUACUUAGCAGCGAUCUGCAAUUGAUGCAACUCUCCAUCUCGAAUUUGAUCGUAGAAAUUGAAAUCCAUCGUCGAUCGCGACAGCAGAAGUAGCUGGACAAUGACUUAACGAUCAAUGUAGUGAUAUUUACCAUCAAUCACGUAAUUAAAUUAGACAAAGUAACAUAGAACUCUCUUGAGAGGGUUUUUGAUUUAUGAGAAAACGCACGAACAGUAUGGCUCGAAAGCAGAAAA